AUGCCUGCUGAUAUCUUACAAGCUGUAUCCUCUUCUACUGAGAAUUUUUCAGUUGGACGUCCUCAAAAACCCUUUGUCGACUGUAGCGAUAGAACUAAACGUCGAAAAAUUUCACCAUAUUUUUGUCAUGAAAUAUUAUUAUUAUCAGAAGAUGCCCAAGAAGCCCGUAAUAGAGAUUACAGAAAAUUAAGACAACAUAAUACGCGUAAGAUGUCAAGAUUACAACAAAAUGAAACUUAA